CCCAUGACAAGACCAAGUUCCUCACCCUCUCUUUCAGGUCCAGCAUGCCAAACGGACACAGAACCUGGUUCACCUUCCCCCGUACCAGACAGAGAUGGUCCGGGUGGUAACUCGGGAAGUUCGAGACCUUAACAAGGAUGUUACCAACAUGCUCGAGCCGUUCCACGGUUCUUUCGACCCGAACGCAGAUCCAGCUACAGCCUGCACGCUCCUCGUAAACCACCUCUCAAUGCGACGGAAUAAACGCUGCCUGCUCGCCUACCACCGGACUAGGACAGAUAAGCUCGAAGAACUGGUUUGGAAUGGGUCCGACGUGCUGGACCUCUCUGGCCAGCAGUCGAGAAACACAUCUGGAAGCGCGGGCGCAAACGGCGAGGCAGCAUCAAGCAGUCUUAGUCCGCAAGAGGAAGAAUAUGUCCGGCAGUACGGAGAUCUCCUAGCCGCAUAUAAAGGCCAAUGGACCGAUAUCGACCUCACUGGAAGCCUGGAGCCUCCAAGGGAUCUGUUUAUCGACGUCAGGGUGCUGAAAGACGCCGGGGAGAUCCAAACCGAAUACGGGUGUGUUUUGGAACUCAUCGUCCUCUCCCACGUUGGGUGAUGUGGGGCGCUAACGUAUGCUUCCAGGGCGAUCAAUUUGACCAAGAAUAGUCAGUUCUACGUCCGACAGGGUGACGUUGAGCGGCUGAUUGCCCAAGGAUAUCUCCAAAAGCUCAGCUGAGAGGAGAAUACCUCCCAGACGACAACAAGAGAUAUUUGCCCAACCCGCCCGCUCCCACCAUACACGCAUGGCAUAUGUGAUGCUUGAGCCAACAGGCUCUCAGGGAUCGCAAAUUUGGUCGCAAAUUUGGUCGCAAAGUUGUGACGAGCACCAGGUAUCCUGCAGGUCAGACUCCAGCUACAUGGUACUUGGAAAGGGAAAAGGGAACGGCCUUGCAAGUACUUUACAUCUCAUACGAGAUGAAGUUGGCAUGGUUGGCAAAACCUUUGCCAUCCCAGCCACAGAGGCGGAGACGGGAU